CUCCCUUAUUAUUGUCAUUAUUGUCAACAAUAUAAUAUCAAAUAUCAAUAAUUAAGUCAAGGUUUGUUUACUUGUUAGAUAGGCUUAUUAGGCUAUAUUAUUUACAAAAUUACCGUACAGCAAUAUCCAAUAGACCAGUCUAAAUUAUUGUGGUUAUAACUCUUAAAAUUUAUUUUAAUUUAACUGGUGGGACAUCAUUAACAUACAGUAGGCCUACUGUGCUUCAUACUCAUGAAUAGAAAUUAAGUAACUUUCAGUCACAUUUAAGUCACCCUUAAAUUUUUACUUAACUCAGCCUUUUGUGAUCUACAAACACGUCAAAACGAGUCCAAUGAAAAUAUCUCCUGAAGGAAUAUUUUUCUGCCUUAGCUGGAUGGUUUUCAAAGUGAAAGCAAGUGAAAACUUACUUGCCAGAGGUUUUGGAGAUCACAUUCCAUGGCACAACUUGGACGAUGCCUUGAAUGAAGCUAAGAACAAUAAUCUACCAAUUAUGUUGAUUAUUCACAAAACCUGGUGUGGUGCUUGCAAAUCUUUGAAACCAAAAUUUGCUGAAUCUAAAGAAAUUGAAGAACUCAGCAAACAUUUUAUAAUGGUUAAUGUGGAAGAUAAUGAAGAACCUAAAGGAAAAUCUUAUUCUCCUGACGGUGGAUAUAUUCCUAGGAUUUUAUUUUUAAAUUCCGAAGGAGAAGUUCAGACAGAGUUUUACAAUGAAAAUGGAAACCCUCAGUACAAGUACUUCUAUCCUGAUGCAGAGAGUAUUGUUAAAAUGAUGAAGAAAGUUUCUGACGAGAUUUCAACCAAACCUCGACCUAUAGCUGAUGAACUUUGAUCCCUUAGAAAUGAGGGUUGUAAACAAUUUUCCUGAUAUGUACAGUUUUGCUAAAAGUUAAGGCCUAUUAAAAGUUUUUAGAUAAU